UGUAUGUUGAUAAUUCAAAGAGUCAGUCUCAGUACGAAUCAGAUGCUAUACAAUAGCGGUACUCGUUCACGGUUGGUGGUUUAGUGUAGCGCGGUACGGAAAUUUAAUUUGGAUAAGAUGCUGAAGCUCCUCCUAACCCUAGUAGGAGGCGUGACCUUCGCACUAUGGUUCGUCUCCAGACCCGCUGACCCCUCCACCCUCCCCAGGUUGGAUCCUAAACAGUGGUGGGGUCCAGAGAAGUUGAAGGGCAAAGCUGAUAACAGCAUCAGGCCUUUUAAAAUCGAGUUUACUGACAAGAUGAUCGAAGGCCUGAAAAGGCGUCUAGACAACUUCCGCCCCCCACCUCCCCCGCUAGAGGGCGUAGCGCAGAACUACGGCUUCAACAGCAAGCUGUUAGAAGAAUGGAGGAAGUACUGGAGAGACCAGUACCCUUUCAAGGCCAGAGAGACCUUCUUGAACCAGUUCCCGCAGUUCAAGACUAACAUCCAGGGGCUGGAUGUGCACUUUAUACAUAUGAAGCCUAAGGUUCCAGCGGGUGUGAGAGUCCUGCCUCUCCUGAUUCUUCACGGCUGGCCUGGCUCCGUGGUCGAGUUCUACGAGUCCAUCCCCCUGUUAUCUCGUCAGGCGCUUGGAUACGACUUCGCUUUUGAAGUCAUUGUGCCGAGCCUUCCCGGUUAUGGAUUUACCGACGCUGCCGUCCGACCAGGUCUUGGCUGCGCCCAGGCUGCUGUACUCCUCCGUAACCUGAUGCACCGACUUGGGCAUAAGCAGUUCUACAUGCAAGGUGGAGACAUGGGCUCCAUUAUUGGCACCAACAUGGCGACGCUCUUCCCUGAUGAGGUGUUAGGAUUCCACUCCAACAUGCUUCUCGCUAGGAACACCCGUUCUAAUCUGUUGACGUUGCUGGGAGCCCUGUACCCUCCACUUAUGGUGCCUGCUCAUCAAGCACACAGGUUAUACCCAUUAGGCACAUACGUAGCCAAUAUGACACUGGAGAUGGGAUACUUCCACAUGCAUGCCACCAAACCUGAUACUCUUGGUGUCGGCCUCUCCGAUUCCCCGCUCGGCCUCCUAGCCUACAUCUUCGAGAAGUUCAGCACCGGCACAAGAUUCGACUUCAGGGACCGCGAGGACGGAGGCCUCCUGGAGUUCUACUCCAGAGAACAGCUGUUGGAUAACGUGAUGAUAUACUGGGUCAGCAACACGAAGACUACGGCUAUGAGGAUGUAUGCUGAGACGUUUAAUAAAGCGCAUAGUGCUCUUAAUAUUGACAGUUACCAAACCACCGUCCCGAUCUGGGCGCUUCAGCCCGUCAAUGACUUCUACCACCCCCCUCUCCUGCUGCGCACCAAAUUCCUGAACCUCCUGGGACACACGGAGCUGCCUGAUGGCGGACACUUCAUCGCGCUGGAGAAGCCAGACGUGUUCAGCCAGGAUGUGUUUAAGGCUGUGAAGGAGUUUGUGAAGUAUAGAGAAGGCAGUGAGAAGACUGAACUUUAAGAGACUUCUGAAAAACACAACU